CUCACCCACUGACAAUGAGCUACGAACCCGACAAGAAGGAUAACACCAGCAUCGCAGUGAGCGAGGCCGGCGAUGACCACCUGGCCGUGCACCUCCCUGCGUCUCUGCAGAACCUGAGCGAAGAGGAACGCGCGGCGCUGGCCAAGAGCGGCACGCGCAAGGUCGACCUGAUGCUCCUCCCCUGCUUGACACUACUCUACCUCCUCAACUUCCUCGACCGUCAGAACCUCUCGUCUGCCAAAAUCGCAGGCAUUUCAAAGAGUCUACACCUCACGACCCAGCAGUACGCGACCGCCGUCGCCGUACUCUUCGCGGGCUACGUCGCGCUCCAGAUCCCGUCCAACAUGAUUGCGAGUAAAGUCCGCCUGCCAGGACUGUACAUCUGUGUCAACGCAGGCUUGUGGGGCAUUGUGUCGGCGUGCACGGCCGCAGUACACGACCACGUCGGACUGUCGGUAUGCCGCGCGAUGCUCGGAGCCGUUGAGGCGGCGUUCUUCCCCGGCGCCAUCUUCCUCGUCUCCCUCUUCUACACCCGCAGGGAAAUGGCCUUCCGCGCCGCUGCGUUCUACACGGGCUCGCAGAUCGGUAACGCGUUCGGCGGUCUCUUCGCCAUCGGCAUCCUCAAGCUCGACGGGAAGCACGGACUCGAAGGCUGGCGGUGGCUGUUCAUCGUCGAGGGCGCGAUGACCCUUGGGGUGGCCGUUCUGUGCGGGUUUAUCAUUCCUAACCGCCCCGAAAGUGUCCGCUGGCUCACGCCUGUGGAGCGCGACAUGCUACUCUGGCGCCUCGAGUCUGACCACGGAACCAAGGACGAGAAUGACGAGGUGUCGAUUGGACGGGCGCUCAAGAUGGCCGUGCUCGACCCCAAGACCUGGCUCAUGGCCCUCACGCUCCAGUUCGCCUUCAUCGCCGCGACCGUCACCAACUUCUUCCCGAUCGUGGUCGCCGGGCUGGGCUUUGACCGCACCACGACCCUGGCCAUCACCGCCCCGCCGUACAUCCUCUGCGCUAUUGGUCUGCUCGUGAACGGAUGGAGCAGUGACAGGCUGCACAACCGGUCGUACCACAUCGCCGUCCCGAUGUGCUUCACGCUCGUGGGCAACAUCAUCGCCGUGUCAACGACCAAGAUCGCGCCGCGGUACUUUGCCAUGUGUCUCCUCCCAGUCGGCUUCUACUGCGCGUCGACCAUCAUCCUCAGCUGGAUCGGCGCCAACAUCACCGGCCCGAGCUCGAAGCGGGCAAUCACGCUCGCGCUCGUCAACGCGCUCGCGCAGAUCCCGAAUAUCUGGAGCUCAUACCUGUACUACUCGCCCCCGCGUUUCAUCCCCGCGUUCAUGGUCGACCUCGUCGCGUGCGCCCUCGCCAUCGCCAUGGCUCUACUGACCCGGUGGUACUUUGUGCGCGAGAAUAAGAAGAUGGACGAGGGGAAGGACUUGGGCAAGUACGGCCCGAGCGAGGUGCAGCUGGCCGCCGGGUACAGGUAUCAGUUGUAGGAGUGUGCGUCGUUAUUUAGUUAUGCUACGUUGUGUUGCUCUGAGGAAGCCGGAUAGGGGCGAGUUGUCGCCCAAACACGGCCUGUUCAACUGCCACCUGCGCGCCACACCACCAAGAAGGCCGCCCUGUGACCACCAACAGUGGUGGGUAUGCAUCCCCUCACCCACAAAACCCCUC